AUGCACUACAAUAAGAUAGUGAAUUUAAGAUCAGCGAAUGAUUCGGUGGAAAGUUUACGACAAUUAUGUGACUCUGUUGAAAGACAUUUGAGAAGCCUUGAGGCUCUUGGUCAAAAUGUCAAUCAAGACUUGUUUGUGUCGGUGUUAAAGUCAAAACUGCCAUCAAAUGUGUUAAGACAACUUGAAAUAAAAAAGGGUUCGAGUAAAAAGUGGACCAUUGUGUUAUUACGUGGCAUGAUAAUUGAAUAUGUUACUGCUUGUGAACGUGCUUCAACAGUUAAAAGUGGUUUUGUCAAAUCUGAAAGGCAUUUUGAUAAAAAUAAAAGUCAAAACAAUCAUUACCAAAAAUUUUCUAAAGACAGUUAUGCACAUUCCACUAAACCAGUACUUGGAACAGCAUUGACAACAAAUUGCACAAAAGUAGGGCAGAAUAGGAACAAUUCUAUAAAAUGUAGAUAUUGUUCAAAGAGUCAUUGGAGUGACGAAUGUCCACAAUAUAAAACAAUAGAUGAAAGAAAGGGUUGCUUAAAGAAAAGCUGUUAUAGAUGUUUAAAAGAGGGACAUAGUUCAAAAGAAUGUCAAAGUAGAAAGAAAUGUGUGUAUUGUAAUGAAGAAAAUGUACACCAUAGAAGUUUGUGCCCUAAAAAAUUUAAGAAAAGUGUGAUUAAAGAAAGUGCGCAUGUAACAGAAGAAGGAAAUGAAAGUGAAAGUGAGCAAAGUCAAAAUGAUGAAAACGUGCUUUUAUCAUAUGGCGAAAAGGUUGUAAUGCAAACAGCAAGUGCAAUACUGUGUAAUGAAAAUAAACUGAUUGAAGAAGAUGCGAGGAUUUUGUUAGAUUCGGGUUCACAAAGAACAUAUAUAACAGAAGAGUUUGCAAAGAAAUUAAAAUUAUGUAAAGAAAAUGAACAGGAAAUAACUUUAGCUACAUUUGGAAGCAAACAGUCAAAGAAGAUCAAAACUGCAUCUGCAAAAAUUAAACUGAAAUCUAAAUUUGGUGAGGAACUUGAGAUUACUGUGAACAUUGUUCCGAACAUCACCGGUGUAAUACAAAGAAGAUCGGUGAAUAUUGAAAAUAGAGAGCGUUUUGAUGAAUUAAAAAAGAAUUUAUAUUUGGCCGACAAAAUUCCAGAAAAAGAUGAAAGUGACAAAAUUGAUUUACUGAUUGGAAGCGAUUAUUACCUAGACAUAGUAAUUGGACAUAAAAUUGAAGUUCAAAAAGGUUUAUAUCUGUUAUCAUCAAAGUUAGGUUGGAUACUUACUGGAAGAACAGGAGAAAAAUGUGACAAUGAUUGUGAUACGAAUCUAUUAGUGAUUGGUAAUGAAAUGUGUUUUCCAAAUGCAGAAGAUUUAUCAUGUGUAGAUGAUUGUAUUUCAACUAAAGUGGAUAUUGAAAACUUUUGGAAAUUAGAUUCUAUUGGAAUAAGGGAUGAAAUAGUUAACUGUGAUGAUUCCAAUGCCAUGUCACAAUUUAUUGAGAAUCUUUCGUACAAAGAUGGUCGAUAUCACGUGUCUUGGCCGUGGAAAGAUGAAACCCCAGAUAUACCUGAGAAUAGACAACUUGCAGUAGGUCGUCUAAAAUCAGUCGUCAGAAAACUUGAAAACCAUCCUGAUUUGUUACAAAAAUAUAGUAGUGUCUUGAAAGAACAAUUAGAAAAUGGAAUCAUUGAAAAGGUGACACAAAAUAAAAGAGAUGGACUGUGUCACUAUUUACCUCAUCAUUCAACAACGAUAGUAUAUGACGCAUCCGCAAAAACAAAACUAGAUCAUAACAGCUUGAAUGAAUGCCUUUAUAGAGGAACCUGUUCUAUUGCGAUGAUUUAA